AUGUAUAAUUAUAUUUGCAGCAAUCCUGAAGAAGAAUUCUUAAAACUCACUCAACAGAACGGAAAAAUCGAUGCCGACACUGUUACACAACUCUAUGAUCAGUUAAGACCAAUUGAACCUAGUUUCUUAUGUAAAGAUGGUGGUGAAUGGGAUGGUGGAUGUCUUGAUACCGGUCAUUCAGGUAUUGAAAUGUUAAAGAAAAUGAAUUGGGCAGGCGAAACAUUCAAGUCAGAAAACGAUGUAGACGCAGUAAUGAUAUAUGAUCAAGUUGGCAAACGUGUUUGGCUCAAAGAAUAUGGUAAUGCACAGUUACGUGAAAUUAAGUUUCGUGGUAAAAUAUCAACUGCAAUGAUAUAUGAUAAUUACCCUAUUAUCGAUCAUUUUCGUUAUGUCAAUGAUAAUAUGGUAAGUGCAAUGUCAUUGAAUAAAAAUAAAGAAGGAACAUUUUUUCAACAACUAUGUGCAUGCGAUUGUAAUAUUAAUCCAUGUACUAAUCGACCAUAUACUAAACGGCAGAAGAUAUUAAUUGCAGCAGUUGUUAUACUUAUUAUCAUAGUAAUUCUCGCCGCUGUUCUCAUUCCUGUUUUUAUUCUAACUCGUAAGAAAACGACCGAUUCACCCGUUUCCACCACAGUUUUUACUACGACCAAUUCACCCAUUUCAACCACAGUUUUUACUACGGAUAAAUUACCUUCGAAUGGUACUUCCAUCGAUUAUCGUAUCAUGCCAUAUGUGGGUAAUGGUCAUAUUGCUACAGUUGUCUUUAGUGAUUUUAUCUAUAUGAAUGGACUCUAUAACGGAGAAAAUGGUACAAGUCAUCGAGCUCGUAUUCCAAGUACACACAAUUGGCAAUUCAAUACAAAACGAGUAUCAGCAUCCUAUUCACUUGAUGUUGAAACAUGUACAUUUACUGAACGAUUUGAGGAUGAUAUAGUUCGAAUUGAACGUCGUAUUUUUGCCUCACAGGAGUACACGGAAUUACUUCUCACUCAUGUAACAAUCACACGAGCAACAUCCAAAAAACAAACAAUUGUUGUACCUGUCGAAGUAACUGAAACAUUGACUAGUGCUGAUUUCAACUUUGAUGUUGUGUUUCGCGAUGAUAAGCAUGUACUUUUAUCCGGAAAGACACGUGAAGUAGAAAAUAGUCAAUAUCAACAAGAUGUAUUACCCUUAUUUAUAUACUACACACCGUUACCCUUCAAUGGUCUUCAACUUGAUGCAGAAGAAUCUGCUCGAACCUAUCUCUUCGUUACUUCGCUCGAUACAGAUCAAGCUAGAGCCAAACGAAGUUUUGAUUAUGCAUCAACUGAACGACAACCUGAUCAAUUAUGGUCAGCUCAUGCGGAUCUUUGGAAGAAAGUUUGGUCUGAUGGACGUAUUGAAGUUCGCGACGAUGUUGAACUACAACGACAAAUUAAUUCUGCUUAUUAUUAUCUUCUUAGUUCACUACCACCACUAUCAACAAAAAGUGAACCCAAACAAUUCUAUGGUCUUAGUCCAGGUACUCUAUCUCGUGGUGGUCUUUUAGGUGAAGAUUAUGGUGGUCAUUCGUUUUGGGAUACAGAAACUUGGAUGUAUCCAUCUGUUCUUCUCUUUUAUCCCACACUGGCCAAAGAGAUACUUUCAUAUCGCAUUGGUUUGCGUGAAGCAGCCGCUGACAAUGCUCCUCUCUUUGGAUAUGAAGGAUGGAGAUUUCCUUGGGAAAGUGCUCGUACAGGUGUUGAUGUAACUCCAGAUUGUUGUCCAGAAGUUCGUCUUUAUCAAAUGCACAUCACCGGUGAUAUUGCUUUUGCUGCAAGACAAUACGUUGCUGCAACAGGCGAUCAAAAUUGGUUAAAAUCAGAAAGGGGCGGUGAUCUCAUCUAUGAAACAGCACGAUUUUGGGCAUCAAGAGUAACAUACAACCCUAAUAGAGAUCAAUACGACAU